GGUGUGAGCAUGAUGUAUAUGUAUUGUUUGAACGCUGACCUGGCCGCGGUGCCUCCUCGCCAUUCUCUCGGUGUUCGUUCAUUAUCGGCCGCUCAUUAGUCAUUACACUGAUAACGAUAAUUAGCAGAUAAGGAAACAUUGAGCGAUGUCUGAGGAAAGAGCAAUGAGCGGCGGCGGCUCAGAAGAGAUGUAUACGUCCAUUUUCUACUCAAGUUUGGCGCCUACGCUGCAGGCUUCAUCUGUGGAAUAUGAGCGGCUGACAUGGAGAACUCCGGACCAGUGAUCACCGCGCACAAGAAGGAGGCCAAGACGUCCAUCCUGGACGGGAACGGCUUCUCCGACGUCGGGAAGAAAUCCGGGGUUCUGAACGCGUCGUCAGGAGACGGAGCGCAUCUCUUCCCCACGUUCCACGCACCAUUUCCCAUUGACAUCAGACACCAGGAGGGGCGAUAUCACUACGAAAGCCACGCCAUCCACGCCAUUCAUGGUCCUCCAGGCCUCAGUGGCAGCCCGGUCAUCUCUGACAUCUCCCUUAUCCGCCUGUCUCCUCACCCAGUGGGCACCACCACGGAUCUAAACCACGCCCACCACUAUGUGAGCCCCCAUAUGGAGCAUUACCUGCGAUCUGUCCACGGAAGCCCCACCCUGUCCAUGAUCUCCGCAGCCAGGGGGCUCAGCCCGGCUGAAGCCGCCCACGAGCACUUAAAAGAAAGGGGCAUCUUUGGCCUGGCACCCCCGCCACCUGGCGUCAACCCUGCGGACUACUACCACCAGAUGGCGCUGCUGACCGGUCACCCCAGCCCCUAUGGCGAGCUCCUGUUACAGACCGGGGCUGCAGGGAGCGCAGGUCACCUCCAUGACUACCUGACGCCUAUGGACGUAUCGCGAUUCUCCAGUCCCCGGGUCACCCCGAGAUUAAGCCGUAAGCGGGCCCUGUCCAUCUCGCCCCUCUCCGAUGCCAGCAUUGACCUGCAGACGAUGAUCCGCACCUCCCCCAACUCCCUGGUGGCCUAUAUCAACAACUCCCGGAGCAGCUCCGCCGCCAGCGGCUCUUAUGGUCACUUAUCGGCCGGAGCCAUCAGCCCGGCCUUCAGCUUCCCGCAUCCCAUCAACCCCAUGGCCUACCAGCAUCUCCUGACCCAGCAGCGCAGCCUGAACUCCACAUUUGGGCACAGUCCUCUCAUCCACCCAUCUCCCACCUUUGCAUCUCGCCAGCCGGGGUGUGUGCCCGCCCCCAGCCCUGCCCCCGCCCCGACAAACAACAGCAACGCUGCAUCCAACCCCUGCCAGAACAAGCAGAGCAGCGAGUCGGCGGUGAGCAGUACGGUCAAUCAGGUGAUCAGUAAGCGUAGCAAGGUGAAGAUCGAGGAGGAGGCGGCGAGCCGGGACUCCCCCAGCCCCCCGGAUCAGAUCUCUGAGCUGAAAGACGACUUGGAUCGGGAGGAUUGUAAGCAAGAACUGGAGGUGAUCUAUGAAACCAAUUGUCACUGGGAAAGCUGCACCAAGGAGUUCGACACCCAGGACCAACUGGUUCAUCACAUCAAUAAUGAGCACAUUCACGGCGAGCGGAAGGAGUUUGUAUGUCGCUGGCAGGACUGCACGCGGGAGCAGAAGCCGUUUAAGGCGCAGUACAUGCUGGUGGUUCACAUGAGGAGACAUACGGGAGAAAAGCCUCAUAAAUGCACGUUUGAAGGCUGCUUUAAAGCCUAUUCCCGACUGGAGAACCUGAAGACCCACCUGCGGUCCCAUACUGGGGAGAAACCAUAUGUGUGCGAGCACGAGGGCUGUAACAAGGCGUUCUCCAACGCGUCUGACCGCGCCAAACAUCAGAACAGGACUCAUUCCAAUGAGAAACCAUACAUCUGCAAAAUCCCAGGAUGCACCAAGCGAUACACGGACCCCAGCUCUCUCAGGAAACACGUCAAGACGGUGCACGGCCCCGAGGCGCACGUCACCAAGAAACAGCGCAAUGACAUCAUCCCCAGAGCCGGGCCCCGGGAAAAUGGCGACGGCGAAGGUGGAAACAGACUGUCCAUGGAACAUGCAGAGUCUAAUGGGGGCUCAAGAGGCAGAGAAGAUGGCUUCCAGUCCAGGACCAUCAAGACUGAGGACAGUAUGGUACAGCCCAGCCCUGGCGGUCAGUCAUCAUGUAGCAGUGAACCGUCUCCACUUGGCAACACCAACAACACUGACAGCGGAGUAGAGUUCCAUGGAGAGGGAGGCCUGGGGGACAUCUUUGGUUUGGAGGACACUGGCCCGGUGGUGGACUCCACAGUCUCAUCCGGUAAUGCAAUAGUCGGCUUACAACUCAGGAAACAAGGCGGCACCGCGGUCCAGCGAUUGGAGCAACUCAAGAAGGAGAAGCUGAAGACCAUGAAGGAAUCCUGCGCAUUCAUGAACCCGGCUCUACCUGCCAGGAACACCAAAUUCCCGGCCAUCUCUGGAAAUGGCUCUAUACUUGACAGUAUCGGUGUCCCGGGCAGCAUGAAUACCAACCCGAGAAUUUCAGACUUGUCCAUGAACGACAUCACGUUGUUGAACCAGCUGAACGACAGACGUGACAGCGCCACCAGCACCAUCAGCUCCACCUACACCAGUCGCCGCUCCUCGGGGAUCUCCCCGUAUUUCUCCAGCCGUCGCUCCAGUGAAGCCUCGCAGUUUUGUGGUAGACAGAACAAUGCCAGCUCUGCCGACUCCUACGACCCCAUCUCUACCGAUGCGUCCAGAAGAUCCAGCGAUGCCAGCCAGCACAAUGGAUUGCCGACACUUCUCAAUCUGACUCCCGCUCAGCAGUAUCGGUUGAAAGCCAAGUAUGCGGCAGCGACCGGUGGUCCGCCUCCAACCCCACUCCCCAACAUGGAGAAAAUGAGCUUAAGAUGCAAAAUGUCCUUGAUGGACGGGUCAGACUAUUCCCUGCCUGGCUUCAGACAGCAGCCGGGUCCAAGACGGUGCAGUGAUGGUUUGGGUAAUGGCCCAGCGCCAAUGUUCCCACAUGAGGUUCCGGGAAACAUCACAAGACGUGCUAGUGACCCAGUGAGGACAACUACAGGACUCGAAGGACAACAUCUUCCAAGGGUUCAGCGUUUCCAUAGCAUGAACAGUGUGAACGCACUACAUCCUCCCCAAAUGAUGGACAGGAGAAAUAUCAGCCUCCAGCAGUACACCCGAUCAGACGGAAGCCUCCACAGACACAUCUACUCUCCACGGCCACCGAGCAUCAGUGAGAACGUCAUCCUCGAGGGCAUGUCGGCCGAUUUGGACGUCCACGGUGGAGAAGACGACCUGGUGCUGCCAGAUGAUGUUGUCCAGUACAUUAAGUCUCAGAACAGAGGAACAACGGAGCACAAACCUCCAUCCGACUUCAGCCACCAUCCUCCGAACUUCCAAAGUAACAUGAAGAACUAUCAGUGUCGGGUCCCUGGUCCUGACGUGCAGAAGAGUAACAUGCCCGUCCAGUGGAACGAAGUCAGCUCCGGUACUGUAGACGCCACGGCUGAUGGGCCAAAGCAGCCGUUCACACAAGGGAAUUUGGCAGUAGUGCAGCAGAAGCAAAACUUCAGCCAAUAUCAAAACUUCACCCACCAGCCGUUCCAUGGAAGUCCGAGUCAUCUAUCUGCGGCCCAGCAAGACCCGGCACAGAGAAACUGCGGUGUGGACGGGCAGAGAUUUAACUACGUUCAGCAGAGACAGCAGCAGAUGAACUUGUGCCAAAACACCAGCUCCGACUUCACCCAGCAGCAGAGCUUUACCCAAGCUCCUCACAUGUUACGGGUCCAAAAUGACGGUCAAUGCCAACUGUCCCCCUCGUCCAAUGUGUUAGAAAGGCCCGGGCAUCACAUGCACUCCCCCCAGAGUAACACCAUCAAUAAUCCGCAUGUGAUGAUUAACGGCAGUCGGGAGGUGGGUCACCCUACAAAUGCCCAGAACUAUGCGUGUAACUUCCGCGCCAAUCAUGAGACCCUCCAACCAGCAAACCCCUUCCCCAACCCAAGUAACCAGAACCCAUUCAGUAAUGUUGCAAUGUCGGGUCAGGUGGUGAACAACACGUUGAUGCAGCCGAGGCCUCCGGCCCAUCCCCCCAACAGGCCGAGGAGUCUACAUGCGGGGCAUAACCCCACUUUUAUGAGGAGCCCGCACUCUAUAAAUGAGCAAAGUUCAUGCCAGAAAACGGCAGAAGCAACCCCAAAAAGAACCAGCGAGGACUCCGAGUCCACUUCAUGCAUGAAUGCUAAAAACAAUGGUUUACUGUAUUACUCGGCCCAAAUACAGAUGUUUGAUCAGAGCAGCAGCUAUAAUUCUGGCCCCGAAUGUACAGUGAGGCCGGUGCCCACCAUGCCGUCCCCAGAGGUCAAUCAGGUCACCAGCACAGUGGACUCUCAAGGUCUGGAGCAGCCUCCCGUAAUAGACUUUGAUACAAUGAUGGAUGAUGGGGACCACUCCAGUCUCAUGUCAGGGACCAUAAGUCCUGGCCUCCUCCAGAGCCUCUCCCAAACCUCUUCUCGCCUCACAACACCUAGAAACUCUUUGACUUUCCCUUCGGUCCCAGCUGGUAAGCACCAGAAGGAUCCGUGUGAUGGGACUGAGUGGACAGAGCGUUCUUCUCGAGGACAAUCUCUAAGACAUUGGGAUGACUGCCGGACUGUGACACUGACUGAGAUCGGAGCUGUAGAACAUUAUGGCCCCGAGACAUCUCAGGAGGCUUCAGUCAUCAACAAUGAGUCUUUAUUAAAUCUUUCUUCUUCUUUAGUGUCUCCUUCCACCAAUGUCCACAUCCUUUCCCUCCUCCAAGACGGAUGUGGACUGUAAAUCGCCCAAGAUAAACUUUUUCUUAAGAGUCUCCCAAGUUUCUGGUGCACAGGAGAACAUGGUACCUAAUGACUUUGUACACAAUCAGCUGCUGUGUUGUGUACGUAGUCCGGUAUAUCAAUGUACAGCGCGACGGGAUACAAGCUGUUGUGUUGUGUACAUAGUCUGGUAUAUCCGUGCACAGCGCGUGGCGGGAUACAAGCUGCUGUUAUGUACAUAGUCUGGUAUAUCCAUGUACACCGCGCGGCGGGAAAGAAGCUGCUGUGUUGUGUACAUAGUCUGGUAUAUCGGUGUACAGCGCGGCGGGAUACAAGCUGCUGUGUUGUGUACGUAGUCCGGUAUAUCAGUGUACAGCGCACGGCGGGAUACAAGCUGCUGUGUUGUGUACGUAGUCCGGUAUAUCAAUGUACAGCGCGACGGGAUACAAGCUGUUGUGUUGUGUACAUAGUCUGGUAUAUCCGUGCACAGCGCGUGGCGGGAUACAAGCUGCUGUUAUGUACAUAGUCUGGUAUAUCCAUGUACACCGCGCGGCGGGAAAGAAGCUGCUGUGUUGUGUACAUAGUCUGGUAUAUCGGUGUACAGCGCGGCGGGAUACAAGCUGCUGUGUUGUGUACGUAGUCCGGUAUAUCAGUGUACAGCGCACGGCGGGAUACAAGCUGCUGUGUUGUGUACGUAGUCCGGUAUAUCAGUGUACAGCGCACGGCGGGAUACAAGCUGCUGUUGUGUACAUAGUCUGGUAUAUCCAUGUACACCGCGCGGCAGGAUACAAGCUGCUGUUAUGUACAUAGUCUGGUAUAUCGGUGUACAGCGCGGCGGGAUACAAGCUGCUGAUCCAUGCACUGACUAUCCCUAACAUUGAAGCCUCAGCACUGUUUACAUCCACGUGUAUACUCUCUGUUUACGGUUGUGUCACUUUUUCCGUGCAUGAGGAUAUUGUGUCUAUCAUGUGUUGUGCCAAUAAUUUCUCCUGUCAUGAAAAGCCAUAUUGUGCCGUGCAGAGCCGAGACGGCUCCACCAGCAAUAACUCAGCUCUGCUAUACCGGGGCUCGGCCUCAUGUCUAGUGUCUGAAAUCUAUUCAUGAGGACGAAAAAUCACAUAAAAGAGGGAAACAAAGCAAUAAUAGAAAAUAUACAGCGAGUAUAAUCAUUCACUGUAGGUACAAUGAUCACCACCCCGCUCUGACUGUAGGUACAAUGAUCACCACGCGCCCUGACUGUA